UUUAGUCCUGCAGGGACCGGCCUCUAUAUAAGACAUACAUAGUACUCAAAGCUCCUACUUGAUCCUUCCCAGCAGAAACUUCACAUCUCUCAGUAUUAGUCAACCAUCCUCCUUUAUUCCAUGGAGAUGCCUAUCCACGGAUCCGCGUCUCUUCCCACUUAUCUCAUGGGCUCGAAUUCCAUAAAAAGAGAGAGAUCGUUCCUUCAGUCUCCCACUUACGGAAAUCUCGUCACUAUUCUUAGCAUUGAUGGAGGUGGAAUCAGAGGAAUUAUCCCCGGCACUCUUCUCAGCUUCCUCGAGUCCGAGCUUCAGAAUCAGGAUGGUGAAGAUGCAAGACUGGCCGAUUACUUUGAUGUUAUUGCAGGAACUAGUACCGGUGGCCUUGUGACGGCAAUGCUUACUGCCCCGGAUGAAAAAGGCCGUCCACUAUUUGCUGCUAAAGAUAUCAACAAAUUUUACGUUGAACACUGCCCUAAGAUUUUCGCCCAAGAUAAUUGCAAUCUUGAUUGUCUUCCCUUAACUCCAGUAACUGAUGCGGUGGCAGCGGUAAAAGCUCUAAGAGGGCCAAAGUAUGAUGGCAAGUAUUUACACAAAAUAGUAAGGGAAAAGUUGGGAGACAUUAGAUUGCAUCAGACAUUGACUAACGUCAUAAUUCCCACUUUUGAUAUAAAGAAGCUCCAACCAACCAUUUUCUCCAGCUAUGAGGUGAGGAAGAACAGCAGCCUAGAUGCUAAACUAUCGGAUAUCUGCAUUGCAACUUCAGCAGCUCCAACCUAUCUUCCAGCCCACCAUUUUGAAACUGAAAAUAGCACGACUGGUCAUAUAAGAGAAUUUGAUCUCAUUGAUGGUGGUGUCGCUGCUAAUAAUCCAGCUCUGGUGGCUAUGAGUGAAGUGUCGAAAGAAAUUUUCACGGGAAAUCCCGACUUCUUCACUGUGAAGGCAACUGAGUACACCAGGUUUCUAGUUGUAUCAUUGGGUACUGGCUCAGCAAAGUGUGAUGAGAAGUACGAUGCCCAAAAUGCAGCUAAAUGGGGCAUUUUGGGAUGGUUGAUCGGAGGCGGCAGUUCAUGUCCGUUGGUCGAUAUAUUUACUCAAGCAAGCAGUGACAUGGUCGACUUCCACCUUUCUACAGUAUUUCAAGCCCUUCAUUCUGAGAAGAAUUACCUAAGAAUCCAGGAUGAUGAUUUGGGUAAGACAAUGUGUUCUAUGGACCUUGCUACAGAAGAAAACCUGCAAAAUCUUGUAAAAGUCGGAGAAAAAUUGUUAAAGAAACCAGUUUCUCGAGUGAACUUGGAAACAGGAAUCCAUGAGCCUGCCCAUAAUUCUACCAACGAAGAAGCUCUAGCAAGGGUAGCUGGAAUUUUGUCCAAGGAAAGGAGAGUCCGCGAAAUGAGAUCUCCACAGGGAAAGAAGGCCGCAACAACAACCAGCUCCAACUUGUCAUUCUCCUUCAAAAAUGUUUAACCAAUAUUCUUCGCUUCCCGUUAAUUAGGUCAUUAAUUGUAAUACAAGGGAAAGGAUCAAUCAAUUGGGUACUAUGAUAUUAAGCUUCAUGCAUAAUUGUACGUAACGUCUUGUAAUCGACUCUGGGAUUUGUUUAAUUACAUGUACGUCUCUCUUAAUAAAUACGAUU